AUGCGAAACCCAUUUGAGCUCGACGAGAACAGUGUGGACGGGGACUCGGAACCUCCAACGGACCUGGAAUUUGAGGUCGAUGUGCGACCGCACCAGAGCGACGACGGGGACCGUGCCAUAUUGCAGGACGAGGAGCAUCAUCCCUCCGAUCUAAAAGAGCGCUUCAUCGGCACCAUUGAUCAGGGUACCACCAGCACUCGCUUUAUUAUCUUUGACUGCACAGGCGUCCCCAUCGCCAAAUACCAAACGGAAUUCCGCCAAAUUCACGAACAUCCAGGAUGGCACGAACAAGACCCUUACGAAUUGGUGGAGUCGGUCUACAUCUGCAUUGAGGAGGCCAUGAAAUCGUUCCUGGCCCUGGGCCACUCCCGAUCCGACAUUGAAGCCGUCGGUAUCACCAGUCAACGAGAAACCGCCCUGGUGUGGGACUGGGAGACGGGCGAGCCCCUGCACAAUGCCAUCACCUGGACCGACACCCGCACCAUGAACCUGGUGCGCGAGCUGAAGGAGAAGCCGGGCGCAGAGGAUCUGGUCAACAUCUGCGGUCUACCCCUCUCUACAUACCCCUCCUCGGUCACGUUGCGCUGGAUGCUGGACAACCUGCCCGACGUCCGAUCCGCGUACGAUGAUGGCCGGGCCGCCUUCGGUACCGUCGACUCGUGGCUCAUCUAUAACCUGAACGGCGGUCCCCAGAACAAGCGCCUGGUCACGGAUGUGACCAACGCGUCGCGCACCAUGUUCAUGAAUCUCGAGACCCUGCAGUACGACGAUCGACUACUCAAGUUCUUCGACAUCGACCGCACCAAGAUCCGUCUGCCCGAGAUUCUCCCCUCGUCGGACCGCGAGGGCUUUGGCGAGAUCUAUGAGGGCCCCUUGGAGGGCACCCCCAUUACCAGCUGUCUGGGUGACCAGGCGGCCGCGCUAGUCGGUCACUGCGCCUUCACGCCCGGAUCCGCCAAGAAUACCUAUGGAACCGGCUGUUUCCUUCUAUACAAUGUGGGUGAAAAGCCCGUCAUUUCCAAGCACGGCUUGCUCGGCACCGUCGGUUUUCAGCUGGGCCGGGAUCGGAAACCCGUGUACGCCCUGGAGGGCAGUGUGGCCGUGGCCGGUAGUGGUGUUUCUUUCCUGAUGAACAACAUGGGCUUUUUCCGCGACUCGCGGAAGGUCAGUGAUCUGGCGGCGACGGUGCCAGACAGCGGAGGCUGCGUGUUCGUGACUGCGUUCAGUGGUCUUUUUGCACCGUACUGGAUUGAUGAUGCGCAGGGAACCAUCUGGGGUAUCACCCAACACACACAGCGAGGACACAUUGCCCGUGCAACCAUGGAGGCAGCCUGUUUCCAGACCAAAGCCAUCCUGGAUGCCAUGGAGAUGGACAGCGGCAAGAAGCUAACGGAAUUGGCCGUGGACGGCGGCAUGAGCAAUUCCGACAUUUGCAUGCAGACCCAAGCCGACGUCAUCCAGAUCCCUGUCGAGCGCCCUGCCAUGCACGAGACCACUGCCCUCGGCGCCGCCAUCGCCGCGGCCUUCGCGAUCGACAUUUGGAAGGACUUCUCCGACCUCAAGCACAUGAAUCGUGCCAACCGCGCCACCUUCGAACCCCAAAUCUCGCUCAAGGACAGCACCCGCAUGUACAAACGAUGGUCCAAAGCCGUGGAGAUGUCCCGUGGCUGGAUGGAGACCAAGGAGGAGGCGGGCGACGAAUAA